GGAUAAGUAUGGAACGAAUGGGUCUUCGGAAGAGACAAAGGCUCGUCUGACAAACAAGCCUAUCAUCAAGAGCCACAGGUAUUGCUAUCAAACGUGGCGGUAAGGUGAUUGAUUUUUUUGUGCAUCUUUCAAAAAUCACUUUCUUCGCUUUGAAGUUCACUCGCUAGAUUCCAUAGCAUCUCCAUACAUUCGAUUUUUUUCUUUUUUUUUUCUUAAACUCGCCAAGAAAAGAUAAAUAAAUUUUCAAACUUUUCUGUGGGUCUCAGCUUUUAAAUUUCUGUUGAACCCAAAUUUUGAUUACAGUGUGAGUGGAUAUCGUAAAUUUUGUGGCUCUUCUCCUCUUAUUAAUCCCACUCUUUACGUCGAUUCAAGUUUCUGAGAUUUGGAGUUAUACUGCCUAAACCUCAAGUUCUUACCUUUUUAGUUGCAAAGUUUAAUCCUUUUUGUCUCGCAUGUGGAUUUGAACACCGGAGAAACAAUGUCUGUGGAAAGAUCUUUGGAAGCAUGGGAAGAGGUUCAAAGACAUGGGCAAGACCUAGCUGGUCGACUUGCUCAGGGCUUUAACGGUUUGAUUCAUAUCAACCCACCUUCAUUUCCGUCGAAGCUAUUCGAUCUCGAGUUCCCAAGUCAGCAUUUCGGGAUUAGAGAUUCUAAGUUCUUCAUCGACCAACCCAUCAAUGGCGUUUCCGCGAUUGUCGAUAUUGGGAACAAGAUUGGUCAAGCUGGUGUUGAUUUUGGCGCUGGAUUAAAUGUGAUCGUUCAUCAAUUCUUCAGAAGGUUGCCUAUACUGUUUUCGCACGAUGAGAACGCGUCUGUUUCUACCGAUAGAGAUACUGCUACGAGGAGCCAUAGGGCUUAUGUAGACACCAAAGAGAACUCAGGGUUUUCUAAGACAGAUACUGCUUCCUCUGUUAGUAUAUUGGAGGAGAAGGUUACAGAUUUCGAUUUAAGGACUAUUGGAUUACAUAAGAGACCAAAGGGAAUGGUUGAGCUAUCGUCAAGUUAUGAAAGUAGAACAAGUGGUAUGGAACAUUCAUUAGCAGCCAGGGGAGAUCUUUGGAGAGUAGAAGCUUCUACUUCAAGUACCCCUGCAAGAGAUGAUAGCUCGUCUCUCUUUCUACUCCAGCUCGGACCUUUGUUAUUUCUCCGCGAUUCAACUCUUAUGUUACCUGUUCAUUUAUCAAAGCAACACUUGCUCUGGUAUGGAUAUGACAGAAAGAAAGGUAUGCAUUCACUGUGUCCAGCUGUGUGGUCAAAGCAUCGAAGAUGGCUUAUGAUGUCUAUGCUCUGCCUCAAUCCUUUAGAUUGCUCAUUUGUAGACUUGCAAUUCCCUAAUGGACAAUUAACAUAUGUAUCUGGUGAGGGAUUGACGACAAGUGUCUUUGUUCCUUUAUGCGGCGGUCUUCUUCAAGCGCAAGGUCAAUAUCCAGGAGAUAUGAGAUAUAGUUUCUCCUGCAAGAGUAAAAAGGGGACACGAAUCACACCAAUGGUCAAUUGGCCUGACAAAUCAUUUGCAUUGGGUGUUUCUCAAGCCUUGGCUUGGCGUAGGUCCGGUCUCAUGUUGAAACCUGCAAUUCAACUUAGCAUGUGCUCUACAUUUGGUGGAAGCAAUCCCGGGAUGAGAACCGAAGUAAUUCACUCAUUGAACGAUAAUAUCAAUAUGAUAUGUGGCUGUGCAUUCACAGCCCAUCCUUCAGCAUUUGCAUCUAUUUCCUUUGGUCGGUCAAAGUGGAAUGGGAACAUUGGACGAACAGGAAUAGUUGUUAGAGCUGAUACUCCUCUUCCAAACGUUGCUCGACCUUCUUUCUCCAUUCAGAUUAACAAUGCUUAUGAGUUCUGAAAAUAUGUAAGGGCAAGUUUUUGGUUUGUCUAGUCUCGUCAACAGACUCAAUUGUAUAGUAAAUCAAACUCAUCAGUCAGCAGGGAAAUUUUAGAGCGUAAUAAGAAACCUGAAAAGAAAUCUUCUUGCAACACUUCAAUUGUGAAAGUUGUAAAUUAAAUCAAACAAAAAAAGAAAAGGAUAUGUUGGUAACUA